AAAGAAGGAGAAAUACUCCUGCUUUUCCUUCUCCGAAUGGGCUAACAGUGGACAAUUUGCUCCGGUGGCGACGUACUCAAGACUUGCUGGUGACGAGUAAAUGGAAAACCACCCUCCAAAGGAAGACGACGCCACCACUAGCGACGUUUCCUGUGAGACGGAUCCUUCUCUUUCUUCAAAUCGGCCGGACUCUCAAUCCAAUCACGUCGGCAGCACUGAUGCUUUGGCGAAAGCUCUAUCGUCAGUGCUCGUCUCUCUCAUCAGGGACUUCGAUUCCAAAGCUCAAAACACUCUUGAUAGCCAAGACCAGCUUGAUUCUGCCCUGGAUCGUCUUACCCGAGAGUUGGAUCAGUUGUUAGAGGAUGCUCCUUUGCAGUUCAUCAUGCAGCAUGCGGCCAAGAUUUCUAGUGUUAGAAAGAGAGUCUCAUCAUUGAACGCUGUUCUGAAGUCCAUACAACGCCGUGUUGAUAAUAUAGAUCGAAUGAUUCAAACGGGCACGCUACAAGAGAAGACUGCCAAAGGAAGUUCGUGAUUAUAUCAGCAUCCCAUUUUGAACUAGUGCUAGUCUGUUCAAUCAAAUCAUGGCUACAAGACUCCUUUGAUGAUUAAGAUUAAGUUGGAAGCUCUUGAUGUCAUCUUCAUGAUCACCUGCAAUCGAAGGAUCAAGCCAAAUGGCCCUAAUUUUCAUUAUCGUCGACUGUUAAUAGAGGAUCGAAAUAAUAUACAAAAUUUAUGGAUAUAACAAUGAUGCAAGACACUUACUAGUUCUUGGACUUGGACAUUUGGAGCUCGUCCCCCUUAUUCGGUUUUUCGACAUACUUCGGAGGACCCUGGAGCUAUACUGGGUCACCGUGUGGGUCAUUGAGCCCAAAACACAAAUUUAACUGAAACAAUUGGAAUUGGAAGAUUUCAGCAAAUAAGAUAUUUUUAUAAAU